AUGUCAGAUGAUACUGCUCUAGACCUCGCUGUUUUCUAUCGCCAUGACGAUGUCCUCAAACUCCUCGCCUUCGAAAAGGAGACCGGCAAAACACACAGCAAUGUCCACCGAAUUGUCAAACUCCGGAUCGAUCGCCGGCGACAAGCCCUUAAAGAGGAGAAAACUGGGACUACGGAGGGCCCAGAGUCUGAAGCUUCUGUCCAAGAGGACGCCUGGAUUGCGGUCUUAGAUGAAGAGAAUAGAGUCGCCCAAGACCGCAAAGACCGGGCGGCAGGACAACAAGCAGAGAGUUCUGCUUCACAGGCAGAUCGUGAGAGCCUGCUUCUAGUAUACUCACAGAAGCGGGCUCCAAAGCCAAUUGAGCCUCGCUCUCAGGCUUUUGCUUUAGCAGCUUAUGAGACGUCUCAAUUGGAUAGCGAUGGCGAAGGCUUUACCGUCGCUGAGGUUAAUUCGCAGGGCGGUGGAACUAGCGAGCCAGAUGCAGGCUCUUUGCCUCUGACGUCCACAACCAUCUCCCGGGGCCGGUCACGGGGGCGGGGCUCCCGCUCUGUCUCUCGGAAACGUCCUCGAACGGACAGGUAUUCUGGUGCAAUUGAAGGCUCGAAUGAGCCUUCAAUUGAAGCCUCGUUGGCUAAGAUGGCGGAAGCACUAGCGGACCAGGCCAAGGAAGGCAGUUUCGGGUGGCCAACGACUGGGGCCACUACAGAGGACAUUGAGGCUCGGCUUACACAAUUCGAGCACUCAAUUCAGGACCUAAAGGAAGAGCAGUUAGCGAAGCUAGCAGGCAUUGAGAAAGGGCAAUCAGCAAUGCUCACGAUGCUUCAGAACAUCGCUCAAAAAGGGGGGGUUCUUACCUGUAAUGAUAGUAGUUAG